AACUAUAUUACUAUAUUUGUAUUAAAACCUACAAAAGAGCCUCGUCGAGCUCUCGCUCGAGUGUAGGGUUUAGAUUGGUAACCGACAACCUUCAUUGUAGAAUUUUGGCUAUCCGUAAAGCGGAUUUCCCUCAUUAUAUAGAUCAAUGAAGGAAACGACACGGGGUUAUCGGAGGCAGCAAAUCGGGGCUUCAUACAUCUCUAGGCGAAGAUCGACGAGUCUCCCGAUCGUAAGGGUCUGCAGUGGUCAACGAGGUUGAGUAUUAGUUUUUGACAUUAAUCAAGCUCUUAAUUUGAUGAGAUGGAAGGUGCUAGAGCAGACUUGUGGGGGGGGGGGGGGGGGGGGUCAAUUGCGAAAGAAGAUGAAUGGGUUGUGUUAGAGACUGGUCAAGGUUUAAUAGUUCAUGAUACAAGACUCUCUCUUGUCGGCACAAUUGCAUCUGAAAGGAUGGUACAUUUCUCUCUUUUUUUAGCGAUAAUAGUGGCUAGCUAUUUGGAAACUAGUUAAGAGAGCAUAUAUUACAGAUUUAGGGGCAAAACGUUAACUAUUCCAAUUUAUCACGAGGUUGAUAUAACCAGAGUCUUGAAUGAUAGCCAUUGGCGAUUUGAGUCAAAGAUUAAUUUUAUUGGGUAAUUUUAUGGAUGAGGACCUUCCCCUAUCUAUACCGUUACAUCUUGUUGGUUUUCGGGUUCAGGUGCACAAAUUGCUAGUGGGUUUUUUAUUUUCAUAAAAUGCUAAAAGAAUAGGGAACCAUAUACGCGUUUUAUACGGGUUGAUGAGCGUACCUUGGGGAAUGUUUGGAGACCAUUUGUGCGAAUUAGAAUUACCUUAGAUAUUGGUAGACCUUUCAAAAAGAAGUUGAAGUUAAAGAAGGAAGGAAGGUUUCCGAUAGAGUUUCGUUAUAAACAGUUGCGAAGCUUAUGCUUUUUGUUAGAUGGUUUAGAGAGACCAUACUGACCAUGUCUUAGAGGCGAAAGGGAGAAACAACAAGCAAGAGGGGGGAAUAAGUGACUGGUCACUAUUAGGGAAUGGAAGGAAAAAAGUAAAGCCAAGAAAAGAAAUACUUCUGAUUCCAACCACUUAAGUGAGGACGAUACCAUGGUGAAUAUUUUGGUUGUGAAGGAAAGACUAUGUAUACUAGAAGCGACUGGAGCAAGGAAUAUAAUGAAGGUAAAUUUGAUCAUAAAUGAAGACGUAUGGAGUAUGAUGAGGAUAGGAGUGUGGACACAAACAUGUAAAUCAAAUUGUUUGGUCCAAACAUGGAAAGGUGGCGAGUGGGGAUGAGUAAGCUCUCCGAGCAUGUUGAGCAUCGUGAGCGGUGGCUGCCAGUAAUGGACAUGCAAGCUGCCAUAUUACGUACAAGAUCUGGAAACAUGGAUCUGCAGUUCUUCCGCGUAUAUAUUUCGAAUGGGAAUAGCCGCCCCUCUGCAAAACCCAACACCCCCUGUUUUUGUCCACCAAUUCCUUUCACCAAUUAGUUUAAUUCUCUUUCCCGACAGCGCCCUAGUCUAACCUCUCGCCUCCUUAACAUACUCAUGGCUGGAGAAAUCAACGGGGACGCGCCGAAUCCCGGCGGCCGGAAGAGUUUCUUGGAUAUGGCAGGGAGUCUAGGGCAUGAGCAGCUUCUGGAAGUUCUAUCCGGUGGAUUAUGCGAAUGCUGUGAAUCUGUUCUGCAAUCGCGAAUUGAGAAUCUAAAAAAAAGCAAAACAAGUGAAACAUCAAUAUCAACUAAUGAUGGUAAAGAUGACAAUACCGAAUUCUUAUCUGCUGAUUCAUCAGACUUGACUUCCAGAGACAGUAGAUUAGAUCCAUCUUCCCCUGCAUUUACUCCGCUGGGUCGUCCAUGGGCGAUUGAACCAAAUUACUUGAAUCGGCUCAAGAAGUUAGUUUCUAACACCACAGAAUCAAAAUCUGGCAUAUCAUCUGAGACAGCUUCCAGUGCUAAAAGAUUAGAUUCAUCCUCUCCAUCAGGGAAUCCUCAAGGAAUUGAACAGAGUUACUUGAAGCAGGUGAAGAAAUUGGUUUCUGAUUCAUCAUCAUCGCCAAUGUCCGUAAAUAGCAAACCAAAACCUGCCAGCGACCCAAACAUUAGUAAUCCAAACAUUGACAUAACUCUUGAUGAUGGACUUAGUAAUAGGGAAGCAUCAGUGGAUGACAAGGGGUUAUCUGAGGAGCAAAAGGAACACAUUAGAUUUUCACAAGUCAAGAGGAAGAAGGACUUUCUCCAUUAUGAGAGGAUUGAGGGUAAAAGGGUCAAUGUACUUCAAGGCCUUGAGUUGCACUGUCAGGUUUUCAACGCGGCUGAGCAAACAAAGAUUGUUGAAUCCGUUUAUAAAUUCCAGCGUAUGGGACAACAAGGGAAGCUUAGAGAAAGAACAUACACAGAGCCCAGAAAAUGGAUGAGGGGUAAAGGGAGAGCAACAAUUCAGUUCGGUUGCUGUUAUAACUACGCAGUGGACAAAAAUGGGAACCCUCCGGGGAUACUAAGAGAGGAAGAGGUAGACCCAUUGCCUCCUAUAUUCAAGAAAAUGAUCAAACGGAUGGUGAGGUGGCAGAUAUUGCCCCCGACAUGUGUCCCUAACAGCUGUAUAGUUAACAUAUAUGAUGAGGGAGAUUGCAUUCCUCCUCAUAUAGACCACCAUGAUUUUGUUAGACCUUUCUGCACUGUCUCGUUCUUGUCAGAAUGUAACAUUCUUUUUGGCUCAAAUUUGAAGAUCAUUAGUCCUGGAGAAUUUUCCGGUCCUGUAUCUAUACCUCUGCCAGUCGGGUCAGUGUUCAUUCUACAAGGUAACGGGGCUGAUGUUGCAAAGCAUUGUGUACCUGCUGUUCCUUCUAAAAGGAUUUCUGUUACUUUCAGGAAAAUGGAUGAAAGUAAAUUACCUCACACUUUCAGACCUGACCCGGAGCUUACAAAGAUCAUGCCGAUUGUUCAUCGUCCCCUGGGCAAAGAAUCAUCGAUCAAACACAUCAAUGGCAGCAAUGGAAGUGUGGCUACCACAGAGAUAACAAACUUGAACAACCUCAUUUCUAAUGACGAAUAUCCUCCCCUUGGAAGCAUCAGGUCUUCUAAGAUCCGUAGUAGCGGAAGAGUUUGAUAAUAUUUCUGUCCAUCAAGGGAAUCUGGAUGUAAACUAGUGUUUUUGUAAAAUGUAUUGCUUGUUUUAGCACAUUAAACAUUUUUAUCAUUUGUGGAUUUUAUUCUAUUCGUGAAGUAAUAAGGCAAAAUAAGGCUGAAAAUUAUACCGUUGUUCUGAAUGCAAGUGUAACUCAUAAAUUUACUGCGGAUAGUAAUUUUGUAAAUUUUUGCGUUACGACUUACGACUUCAAGAGCUUACGGCUCUUCAUUUUCUC